CUUCGUAUGCAGCAUUAAGGCCUUAGUUUCAGACCGUCUCCAUAACAGUACAACUAAGAUGAAUCCAGAAUACGACUAUCUCUUUAAGCUUUUACUUAUUGGUGACUCUGGCGUAGGAAAGAGCUGUCUUCUCUUACGAUUUGCAGAUGAUACUUACACCGAGUCAUACAUUUCUACCAUUGGCGUUGAUUUCAAAAUUCGUACUAUCGAACUAGAAGGAAAGACUGUCAAACUUCAGAUUUGGGAUACAGCUGGCCAGGAACGUUUCCGUACGAUUACAAGCUCUUAUUACCGCGGUGCUCACGGUAUCAUUAUCGUUUAUGAUGUUACAGAUCAGGACUCUUUCAGCAAUGUCAAACAAUGGUUACAGGAAAUUGACAGAUACGCCGUUGAAGGUGUCAAUCGAUUGUUAGUCGGUAAUAAAUCAGACAUGACUGAUAAAAAGGUUGUCGAGUACACCGUCGCCAAGGAAUUUGCAGACAGCCUGAGCAUUCCUUUCCUUGAAACAUCUGCUAAGGAUUCCACCAAUGUGGAACAGGCUUUCUUAACCAUGGCUCGACAAAUCAAAGAGCGCAUGGGAAACACUGCCUUUACCUCCUCAAACGCCAAAUCUAGUGUCAAGGUUGGUCAAGGUACUAACGUUUCUCAAGGCUCAAGUAGUUGCUGUUAAUGUAUAAAGCGUUUAAGAUACGUACUAAUUGACCUCUCCCACUCUGGCGUGUUUAUAUGUUCUAUUUGUAUUAAUGAUACUCAUUGGAAGAUUCUAUCUGCUGCGAUGGCAAUACUUUCCUUAAAUAAUAAAGUAUCUAAAGGCUAGUGUUGAAACUAUUACAUGGCCUUAUUACUUGACGCAUUCGAUGGGCUUCUCCCUUCAGCAGCUACCUUAACCAAGGUAUUAACAAAUGUGUUUAUGACUAGCAGCUUGCUUUUUCCUAUUAAUUGGAAAUUUUUCGUUUUUUAAAUCCUACAAUGCUAUAUACUCUAUAUGUAUCAAGUAACCCAUCCUAUAGCUAUAUCUCUCUUUAGACCUAUGAAGCGGAAUAUCACUGUUAAUUAGAAGACAUUUGUAGAUUAAGAAGAAUUAGAUUUGAUGCAUU